AUGGCCCCCGUGCCGCUCGAAGUCGCCGUCUUCUCCGUCGCCGACGCCCUCCUCAGCGCCUCCCUCGGCGCCUCGCGCAUCGAGCUCAACCACCCCGGCAGCUACCCCCUCGGCGGCCUCACCCCCCCCGCCUCCGCGCUCUCCGCGCUCUCCGACCUCCCCAUCCCCGUGCGCGUCAUGAUCCGCCCCCGCGGCCCCCCUCCUCCCCCGGACCGCACCCCGGAUUUCAUCUACACCGCCGCCGAGGUGGACGCCAUGCAUGCCGCGAUCGCCCAGCUGAAGCCCGCGAUGGACGCCCGCCGCGGGGACGGCUUCGUCUUCGGCGCGCUGACGCGGGACGGGCGCGCGGUGGAGGAGCAGGUCUGCGCGGCGCUGGUGGCCGGCGCGGCGCCGUUUGCGUGUGUGUUUCACAGAGCGUUUGACGGACUGGCGGAUCUGCAAGGGGGAGUGGAGGUGUUGGGGAGGUGCGGCUUCGCGGGGGUGUUGACGGCGGGAGGCGCGCGGGGAGGCGCGCCGGAGAACGUGCAGAAGCUGGGGGAGGUGUGCGAGGCGGCGAGGAGGAAGGGCGGGUUGGAGGUGGUGGCGGGAGGAGGCGUGCGGCACGGCAACGUCGCGACGGUGGUACGCGGACGGGGUGGCGCGGCGCCGGGGUGGGUGCACUCGGCGGCGCUGAAGCCGGACGGGACCGGGCUGGACGAGGAUGAGCUGCGGAGGCUACUGGCAGCGCUGGCGAGGGAGGACGAGGCGUGA